UUCUCGAUUUCAACCAAUGGUGCAAUACGCCUUAUGCACGCAGAAGUGUUUUUUUUCUUCAAUUUACUAUUUGCUGUAAAUAAACGAAUGACAGAAAUGAAACUGAUGGGAAAAUUUUCAAGAAAAAACUGACCCUCUGAUACCCGAAUCGGUUUGUCGAUUGAUCUCAUACAACACACUGACUCUGCUGCCAGUCCCUAAACUCAGACGGAUUGGGAGCACUGUGGGAGCUCGUGGCCAAUGCCACAGGAACAAGCUACUCUAAGAAGUGGACAGUUGCAGUUAGCAAGAGACGGCAUUAGGAGCAGACAACCUCUCUUGUCCCUGCAUGAAGGUUCGACUGAGGAAGGUGUGGCUGAGGAUCUUAAAUCAAUCAUGUCGGAGUUAAAUAAGGAGGUGGUAGAUUUGGUUUGGGGAAAACCAUCAGGAGGAGGGGUUUCCGCUUCCAUCUUCCGAAGGUGGUCUCAAGGGUUUGUUUUCAGUGAGCAUGAACAAACCGCUCUGAAGCAGUUUGAAGGAGGACCAUGUGCUGUGAUUGCACCUGUCCAGGCUUUCCUCUUAAAGAACAUCCUUUUUAGCAGAGAAAGUUCAAAUUGGAGACAGAUGUCAGAAGAGGAGCAGAAGAUGGCCCUAUGUUCAACACUGACUGAAAUACUUGAGUCUGCCUGUGCCAGCCCAUCCUCAGGGUUCUGCCUGGUGACCUGGGCUAAGGGACAGAGCCCACACACUAGCACCCUUUCAAAGACCCAGACACAGCCUCAAACACAAACACAGGGCAUGGCCAAACCAGAGAGCAGCCAGUCGCCACAGGAACAGCAACCAACUGCUUUGGCUGCUGAGGACCUUGGCUUUGAGCAGUUUCACAGUGUUCUUCAUAAGAGAACUGUCCUCUCAGUAUCUGAUCUCAGAGAGGAGGUGGUGUCUCUCUACCAGUCCUGGAGGGGGUGCUGUGGGGUUUUGCUUUUUCUUUACUCUGUCAUCCUCACCAAGGGCAUAGAAAAUAUUAGAAAUGAAAUCCAGGACCCAACAGAGCCCCUCAUAGAUCCUAUUCAUGGCCAUGGAAGUCAGAGCCUUGUGAACCUUCUUGUAACCGGCCAUGCAGUCUCCAAUGUGUGGGAUGGGGAUAGGGAAUGCUCUGGCAUGAAGCUACAUGGAAUUCAUAAACAAGCAUCUGUUGGAUUUCUCACACUAAUGGAAUCACUACGCUACUGCAAGGUUGGGACAUUCCUCAAAUCUCCAAAGUUCCCUAUUUGGAUUCUUGGCAGUGAAACGCAUCUCUCUGUCUUUUUUACCAAGGAGAUGUUGCUUGUUGGUCCAGAAUCUCCAUCAGAACAGGCAAGAAGGGUUUUCCAGUCAUUUGAUCCUGAAGAUAAUGGCUUCAUACCAGAGUCUCUGUUGGAGGAUGUAAUGAAAGCUCUUGACCUUGUCUCGGAGCCUGAGUACGUCAGCCUGGUGAAGAGUAAGCUUGAUCCAGAAAGCUUGGGCAUAAUUCUUCUGGGCCCUUUUCUCUUGGAGUUCUUCCCAGAUCAGGAUUCAGGAAUCCCAGACUCAUUUCCCGUCUACCACUACAAUGGGCUUAAACAGUCCAACCACAAAGAGAGGGUUGAAUAUGUGGAGGGGACGGCUUUGGUGCUUGGCUUUGAGGACCCCAUGGUCCGGACUGAUGACACUCCUGUGAAGCGCUGCCUGCAGACCAAGUGGCCCUACAUUGAGCUGCUGUGGACCACCAACCGCUCACCGUCACUGAACUAGAACUAAAACAUUUGGUGUGUCUUUGCAUGUGGUCGUACCACUGCUGCCCCCCCUCUGCCACACGACCCUUCUUAGCUUCUCCUUUACCCACUGACCACAGCAGUCAGCAGAAACUGUGACACAUGCAACUGAUUUGGGACAACAAAGGGAAACCAAUGCACACGGGAGACAAACGUUUAUGGACAAAGCUUUCCACUCCAGCCUGAGAUCCAUUUCUUUCACCCAUGUUCACACAUUCCGCACAAAUAAAAACUUUGCAUUAACCCUCGAUUGUAUUUAAGACACAGGAUGUUUAUGACUUGAACGUUUUAAAAAAGUGUGGCUUUUUGUUACAGCCCUGUGCUAAAGCCUUAAGCUACAUUUUAGCAGUAGACAUGUAAACACUGUUUAGCAGCUUGGUUCAACAAGGGUGUGGAUAAAUCUCACAAUGAACCACAUGUAGAUCCAGUCGACUGUGAAACCCUAAUCUUAACCCAUAGCUACAGGACUGUUUGAAGGCAAACUUACCAAAGCUUCCACUGAAAAGAACACGGAAAGGCUCACACACCCACUAACAGCCACUUCCACUGUUCAGAGUUUACACAAUUAAGGGGACCAACCCAGCAGGAGGGAUCCUAACUGGAUGUUUGCAGCCCUUUCCCCAAGGUGAAGCUCUGUGGGAGCUUUACGCAUUACACUAGGAUGCUGGCUAAGUGCUUGUAUUUAUUAUUAUUAUUAUACUCAGAGGUUGUGGAAUAAACACGGAUUGUUUUUUUGUUGUUGAAA